AUGGACAUAAAGGUGCUGGACGACGAAGUGAUGCUGUCCGACGGGCGGGUCAUAAGGAUGCCCGUGAAACCGGCAGAGGAAAAGGAGACGGAGAAGAGCAAGGGGAAAAUAAAGGUAGACAAAGUGCCAAACGUCUGGGGAAGCAGCGCGGGCGCAGGAAGUGACUACUUUGAUCUUUACCGAAAGCAAAGGAAUCAAGAAAAUGAAAGAAUCGAAUUGAUAGAAAAAAAGUGGAAGGAAUAUACACAAAAUCAAAUAUUCCAAAGUAAGCGCAAGGAAAAAAUUGAGUAUAUAGAAAAGAAAAGUUUAAAAAAAAAAAUAAAAAGACAAAUGAGGAAGAACAAAAUUAGGGAGCUGCGAAAUGGUAAGAAGGCUAAAGUUCAAGGGGCGAGUGGCGAGAAAACGGAAAAGAUGGCCGACCAGGCGGAGGAAGGCUCUUCUCCCCACGAUUGUAAUACUUCUAAAGAGGCGAAUCAGUCUGCCUCCCCCCAGAAGAAGAAACUGCACAACCGGUCACCUACGCCUGAUGAGGAGGAGAUGGUCAAAUGUGAUAAGGCACAAUCGGGGGAGGACGAGCCUGAGCAGUUGGGGGCCCCCCACCCGGUAGACACAGACCCCUUUCUCGUGGUUAAGGAGGGGGAGGAGGAGCUGUUCUAG